AUGCGCCACAGUGUGGCCCUAUGUCUGGUCCUGUUAAGCGUUUAUUUGCAGCUGGCCCAUGAGCACAGCGUUGCGGGCAGUUCCGCUGCCAACUACAACGACUACUACUACAACAAUGCGAGCGUAAGGCAGCUGCGUUUCCACGAUUUCGAGCCGCGACUCAAGGAGGACGACGAGGAGAGGGGCGAACGUGAAGCACGUGGCUUUCAUUUCAGCGCCAGCGGCGAGGAUGUCAGCGUAGAAAUGGAGUUCAUAGUGCCCUUUGUCAAAGUGCCCGCCAAGCGCAGCAUGCAGCUUGCCCGCGAUGCUGUCCAGGGUCUGCUCAAUCUGCGCACCGGAGCCCUGCUCAACACGGCGGUCAUUGUGGCCGCCGGCGCCAUUAUAGCCGGAAUUGUGCGUCUGGUGCUGGCGCCGCUGGUCUUUACAUCCAUUAACAAUGCCCAGGGCUAUGGCUACAGUGGCAAGCAGUACGAGGAGCAGCCAACGGGCAGCAAUACCAUCAGCCGUGGCAUGCGUAGUCUGACCCAGGUGCUGGAAUCGCAGCUGGACGAGCACAGCAUCGAUGUCUCUAGCUGUGCACAGCGCGCCAUUUGCCACUACUUGCAACACAAUGCGGCAAGGUCGCAGCGCCUCAACCUGAGCCCAUCAAGUGCCGCCACGCUCAUCAAUGUACUGGCGAAUCUUAUCCUCGCCGGUGGCGUGGGCAGCAAGGAGGAGUCCAAGCAGUCCCAGCAGGAGAACGCUGGCUCCACAAGUGCAGCAGAGCACAAGCAGCAGAAGAACAAUCAGGGAAUACGUCUGAUAUCCUUUGACGCCGUUGACAAGGACAUCGCCUUGGGUCUAAACUAUCUGAUGCCAUUUGUGGAGGUGCCCGUUCAACGCAAACGAAACGCGCCACCUAAGCCCCUGGUUAUUGUGAACUCCGCCGCUAUCGUCAGCUGCAGCUUGGUGGCCGCGGGCGGCAUUCUCGUGGGCCAUUUGAUACGCAGCCUGGGCCUGGAGACCAUUGUGCCGGAUGUCAAGUCUGAGGACUCUGCCAAGCACACAGCGCGUAGCCUGGUCGAUGAGGAGCAGAGUUUCUUACAGCUGUUCGAUAACUUUAAGCUGAUUUAUCGAAAUGCCAGCGGCGAUCGUGUGGAGACUGCACUGCCCAGUCUUAUGAGCACCAUCGAGCGCACCUUUUUGGACAACGACGUUAAUCUGCCCGUUUGCCUGCUCAAGUCAAUUUGUGCGCUGACCCACAAGACGGGCGAGAAAGUGCGCAAAGGUCUAGCCUCGGACUUGGAGCUGAUGUUCGAUGGCGCCACCAGCUGGACCUGGCUGCUCUCCUGGCUGGAGCAGUCGCCGGUGCGCGAGGCCAUCCAAGCGGGCCGCAUAGCUUCCCCACAUUACUGCCACAUAAAAUAUCCACGCUGCAAGUGGACAGCGCCCGAGGAGCAACUGCUCGACCUUCUCCACAAUAAUGUGCAAUUCAAAUGA